AGUCACCACGACAAUACAUACAACCAUGAUAGAAAAAGCGCGAUUCGCAAUUGCCGAUUAUGUCGUGUUUGGCCUCAUGUUGGCCAUUUCAGCCGGAAUAGGUAUAUUCCAUGCCAUUACUGGCGGAAGACAAAAAAGUACUCAGGAGUUUUUAAUGGCGAAUAGGAGCAUGAACUUCCUUCCGGUUGCGCUUUCUGUGUUGGCGAGUUUCUUCUCGGCGUCCACCUUGCUUGGUACCCCUGCUGAGAUCUACCAGUUUGGAACCAUGUAUUGGAUUUCUGUUUUCAGCGCCGUCAUGGCACCCAUAACUGGCGCCUUCUUGUUCGGACCAAUGUUCUUCCGACUCAAAGUGUUGAGUGUGUUCGAGUACCUAGAAAUGCGCUUCAAGUCGAGGUCGAUACGUCUGUUCGGCGCCUUCCUUUUCGUUCUGCGAGCAGUAAUCGGUAUGGGGAUAGUACUGUACGGACCUUCCACUGCACUCAGUGCUGUGACAGAUUUCCCAGUCUGGGCCAUCAUCAUCAUGGUUGGAGUUGUCUGUACGUUCUACACAGCCAUUGGCGGAAUGAAGGCUGUUAUUUGGACUGAUGUUUUCCAAACAGUGAUUAUGCUUGCUGGGAUGUUGGCCGUUCUUAUACAGGCGUGUAUAAAGGUUGGUGGAAUAUCUGAAGUCUGGAGAAUUUGUGAGGAGGGUGGACGUAUUUCAUUCUUCGAUUUCAACACGGACCCUCACAUACGUCACACGUUCUGGACGCUGAUUGUGGGGAUCUACUUUGUGUGGUUGCCGCCCUACACAGUCGAUCAACAGAUGGUGCAGAGGUUCUCCUCCACCAAGUCGCUCAAACACGCCAAGUGGGCCUUGUUGUGUAACGUACCCGGAAUGUUUAUCUUGAUCACACUGUGUUCUGUGACGGGACUGACGCUGUACGCUUACUACACGGAGUGUGACCCGCUCAAGGACAAGAAAAUCUCAAACCCUAACCAGCUUCUUCCAUUCUUCGUUCUGGACAUCCUCGGUCAUCUGCCCGGUCUCCCCGGUCUGUUUGUGGCGUCUCUGUUCAGUGGAGCUCUUAGUUCUGUAUCAUCCAUGCUUAAUUCAUUAGCCGCUGUGACUUGGGAGGAUUUCCUCAAAAUCCGCUACUCACAUAUAUCAGACUCGAAGGCAACGGCAAUUACCAAGGUGUUAGCUUUGUGUUACGGAUGUGUGGGAGUGGGUUUGGCCUUUCUAGUGGCGCAGCUUGGUGGGACAGUUUUACAGGCCUCAUUGACGUUAAAUGGAGCGAUCGGAGCUCCACUAGUGGGGAUUUUCAUCCUUGGAGCUUUCUUUACCAGCACCAACUGGAUCGGCACACUGGUAGGUGGGGUGUGCGGUCUGGCGUUUGCCUUGUGGUUGAGUGUGGGCGCCUACCUGACAACACCGCUCGACUUUAAACUCCCCACUUCAACAGACGGGUGCAACGUCACCGCAAACAUAUCUGUCACCAUGGCAACAAUGAUGAGCACCAUGGCAACGAAUAUGACGACAACAACACUGUCACCAAGUGAUCCAGCAAGAUUACACGGUUUAGAAAAGUUGUAUGGUUUGUCGUACCUCUGGUUCAGCGCGCUGGGGAUCCUCACCACCGUCUUCGUCGGUCUGUUCGUCAGUUACGCCACAGGAGCUACAGAUCCAAAAGAUGUCGACGAUAACUUACAACUCAAGUUAUUUCAACGGUUUUUCUCCUGUCUCUGCUUCCCGCCAUCUCUCGAUGAAAAGGAGAUACAGAUGGAGAAGGUAAAAAAGGAUCUGGAAAAAGAAACGAGUUUUACAACGUGGAGUAUCUCGGUAUCGCUUGAACCCGGGAUACACGGAUCCUACAGUGUUUGUCGAGUAAUCAUUUCCCAUGUGGGGUCAAACCUUCGAGAGAAACACAUAAUUGCACCCGAUGCCGACCUCCUUGCGUUGGUAUAG